CAAAAAUUUCGAAACACAUAUUAUGUAUCACUCUCUACUUUCAUCAUCCAUUUGCAUACCUCUUGCAGUUUCAUUACAACCUAAAACAACUUGGACCAGUACAAAGUUCAACAAUGAGAAGAAAUUUGGUUCAUGCACAGGAGUCCCACGCAAUUUCAAUAUGGAGAAACUGCAAAGUGGAUAUUUGUUUCCUGAGAUAGCCAUGCGCGAGUCUGAACACACUCAGAAGUAUCCUCAUGCAAGGUUAAUAAAACUUGGCAUUGGUGACACCACAGAGCCUAUACCGGAUAUCAUAACAUCUGCUAUGGCUGAGCAUGUAGAUGCUCUAUCAACAGUUAAGGGUUAUAGAGGGUAUGGAGCUGAGCAAGGCAAUACGGAAUUAAGAAUGGCUAUUGCGGAAACAUUUUAUAGGGACUUAGGUGUAAAAGGAAAUGAAGUUUUUGUAUCAGAUGGUGCACAAUGUGACAUUUCUCGUCUUCAGUUGCUUCUUGGAUCAAAUGUGUCAAUGGCUGUACAGGACCCAUCUUUUCCGGCUUAUGUAGAUUGCGGUGUUAUUGUUGGUAGAGCUGGCAACUUCCAAGAGAAAACUGGGACCUAUGAUAAUAUUGUGUACAUGAAAUGUGGGCCUGAGAACAAUUUUUUUCCAGACUUAUCUACUACUUCAAGGACAGAUAUCAUUUUCUUUUGCUCUCCAAACAAUCCAACUGGUUAUGCUGCAUCAAGGCAGCAAUUACAGCAACUUGUGGAUUUUGCUAAGGCAAAUGGAUCCAUGAUCAUUUAUGACUCUGCCUAUGCUGCUUAUGUGACAGAUGAUAGCCCAAGAUCAAUUUUUGAAAUUCCUGGAGCCAAAGAGGUUGCCAUUGAAAUUUCGUCCUUCUCCAAAUUUGCCGGCUUUACUGGUGUUCGUCUUGGUUGGACAGUGGUUCCUGAAGAGCUUUUGUACUCGAAUGGAUUUCCAGUCAUGAAGGAUUAUAAUCGCAUUGUGUGCACAUGUUUCAAUGGUGCAUCUAGUGUUGCUCAAGCUGGAGGACUAGCAUGCCUUUCCAAAGAAGGUUAUCGGGCCUUAACUACUGUGGUUGAUUACUACAAAGGCAAUGCUGAAAUACUUGUUGAUGCAUUUUCAUCCCUUGGAUUGAAGGCGUAUGGUGGGAAAAAUGCACCAUAUGUGUGGGUACAUUUUCCGGGUAUGAGUUCUUGGGAUGUAUUCAAUGAAAUUCUUGAAAAAACACACAUAGUGACAAUUCCAGGUAGAGGAUUUGGUCCAGGAGGUGAAGGAUAUGUUAGAGUCAGUGGAUUUGGCCAUAGAGAACGUAUAUUGGAGGCUUCAAUGAGGCUGAAAAAUCUUUAUAAAUGAAAUCAUUUCACGAUUCCAUUUAUAUGUUGAAUAAAAUGCUGAGGUGGAUUCUAUUGCAUAGAGAAAUGUAUGAUUUAAAUAGUUGUUUGUGCUGAAAAUCAUUUGGUGGUUUCAGAACAUGAAUUUAUACUAUUAGGAGGAGUAAUUGUUGGGAUAUUAUUUUUA